AAAUAAAGUCGGAGUCAAGUGGCGACCACUUUAUGGAAUUCUUUGUAGUUUGCAAAUGCCGCCGCGCGCGUGUCCACUCCGCACACGCGCACCCGCGCAAUAUCCGAAUCCAUCCUAGCGAUGUCGGUCGGACAGGAAAUGAAAAGGUUCUGGAAGUGUGCAACUAGCGGAGGCAGGAUGACGAAAAAGCACAGGAUAUGUAUGAUAUCUGACUUCUUCUUCCCUAAUAUGGGAGGAGUGGAGAACCAUAUUUACCAACUGGCACAAUGUCUCCUGGCCAGGGGUCACAAGGUGGUGGUAAUUACUCAUGCUUAUGGUGAUCGCAUUGGCGUUCGCUAUGUCUCCUCAUUCUUGAAGGUGUACUACAUACCAAUUCGACCGUUCUACAACCAAGUGACGGUGCCAGUCAUGUUAACAGCACUCCCUCUCAUCAGAGACAUUCUUAUUAGAGAGAGGAUCACAAUUCUUCAUGGUCAUGGGGCAUUCAGUGCUCUGUGUCACGAGGGAAUCCUCCAUGCCGGGACGCUGGGAGUCAGAACAGUCUUCACAGACCACUCUCUGUUUGGGUUUGCUGACGGGAGCUCCAUUCUCACUAACAAACUGCUGGAGGUGGUCCUCACCGACAUUGACCAUGUCAUAUGUGUCUCCUACACCAGUAAGGAGAACACAGUUUUGAGAGCAGCCCUCAAACCAGAAACAGUUUCGGUCAUUCCAAAUGCAGUGGACUCAGUUUGCUUCACUCCUGACCCUUCUCAGAGCCAGCCUGACAGAGUGACAGUGGUGGUGGUCAGCAGACUGGUGUACAGAAAAGGUGCAGAUCUACUGGCUGGUCUCAUUCCUCUGCUGUGUCACACACACAAAGACCUCCACUUCAUCAUAGUAAAACUUCAACAAGUCCAGUAUGUGUGUGUAGGAGGAGAUGGACCAAAGAGGGUGGUACUGGAGGAGGUGAGAGAGAAACACCAGCUCCAUGACAGAGUCUCCCUCCUUGGAGGUCUCCAGCACUCACAGGUGAGAGGUGUCCUGGUCCAGGGAGACAUCUUCCUCAACACUUCCCUCACUGAGGCCUUCUGCAUUGCCAUUGUGGAAGCUGCCAGCUGCGGACUGCAGGUUAUAAGCACAAGAGUGGGUGGAGUUCCAGAGGUGUUGCCUGACGACCUAAUUUCUCUGGCCGACCCUAACAUUAAUGCACUUGCUAAAGCACUCGAGGAAGCCAUAGAAAAUCAUCGCCAUGGAAACCGCGUCCCCCACUGGGAGAUGCAUGAGAGAGUUGGGAAGAUGUACACAUGGCACAACGUAGCUCGUCGCACAGAGCAGGUCACAGUCUAUGAUAUGGUGGCCAGAGCUCCCACUAGAUCAAUGUGGCAGCGGAUGCAGAGGUACCACAGUCGAGACCCUGUCAUGGGGAAAGUGUACGUCGCUCUCCUUGUCCUCCUCCACUUCCUGACUCAGCUGGUUGCUUGGUGGAGUCCUGCCAAGACAAUUGACUGUGUUCCUGACCUACUAACCUCUGAACACGAUGAAAAGCCCUAAAGUGCAAACCCUCGGCGCACUAGAAAUGUAAACAUGCGCACUAGAAUCCUCAUCACUAUAG